AUGAUAAAACGUAUUUAUAAUUAUGAUACAAGAGAGGCAUGUCUCAAUCAGAAAUGUCAUAAUGGGAAUAAGACUAACAAAGAGUUUGAGACAUGGGUUUUGAUAAGGUCCGGUGGCGGUGGCGGUGGCGGUGGCGGUGGCGGUGGCGGUGGCGGUGGCGGUGGCGGUGGCGGUGGCGGUGGCGGUGGCGGUGGCGGUGACGGUUCUAAGAAAGGUGACGAAGUAAAGGGGCUAGGUCAAAUCAAACAAUUCCUUAUCAAGUACGGUUAUCUCAACCCUUCCAUUAAUGUCGACGAAUCCGAAGUUCUAGACCAUCCCAUGGAAGAAGCUGUCAAGAAAUUUCAGCUCUUCUACAAUCUCGAUGUUUCGGGUGAGUUGGACGAGAAGACAUUGUCAUUGAUGUCGAAGCCUCGAUGCGGUUGCCCUGAUUUGGUCAAUGGUACUAUGGUCAAGCAUGGGAUGAAAAUGGUUCUAGACCAAUUAAAGGGUUCAUACUACGUGACCGGUACAAAGUGGCCAAAGCUCAACCUAUCUUGGGCCAUCAAGCCAGGAACUCGAGGGGACGCUUAUAAACCUAUUUAUUGGGCAAUUAGGAGAUGGGCGUUAGUCACUAAAUUCAAUUUUACCAAUAUCAAUGACUUUACACAAUCCGACUUGAAAAUUGCUUUCUAUAAACGAUCGCAUGGGGAUAGUGGCCCUUUUGAUGGUCCCGGAGGGAUUUUAGCUCACGCAGGGAUGCCACCUGAUGGCGGGGUCCAUUUCAAUGCAGACGAGAAGUGGGUGAUUGGGGCACAUCCUACGGGAGUUGACAUAGAGAGUGUCGCGGUACAUGAGUUAGGGCAUUCUCUUGGACUCGGACAUAGCACCGUUAAAGAAGCCGUCAUGUGGCCAUAUAUUGGAUAUGGUGAAGUCAAACACAACUUGAAUGUUGACGACAUUGCGGGAAUCAAGGCCUUGUACCAUUUUUAA